UAGGCAGACUGCCUAAUGUCAUGCAACAAAUGCCUUCAGCUUCUGGACAGAUAAGAAAGUUAUGGAGCUAGACUAUUACUUAGGCUACCAAAUACAUGUACAUACCCUCCUGCAACUUUUGGAAACUACUAUAUAGGAAAGAUAUGGGUCUUUUCUGGUUUGCUGUGAGCCUGUGGAGCUGCUGUGGACCGUCUGUGUCCCUACAUCUGGGAGGAGAGACCUCUGAAGUAUCUCACCCAGGAGAUGUCAUGAUUGGCGGUCUUUUCCCUAUUCACAAACAAGUUUCUUCAAAGGAAACACAUGGCCCUAUUACAAAUUGUUCUGACGUUGACGUGACCAUGUUAAUCCGUGCCCAAGCCAUGAUAUACGCCAUCGAAAAGAUCAACGAGUUACAAUAUCUGUUGCCAAAUGUGUCCAUUGGCUAUAAAAUAUAUGACACUUGUGGGGAUGUAUCUAUAGCAACUAGAGAAACGCUAAAACUCCUUGAACAGUCCCUUGGAAACCAAAAUAUGUGUCCUCUCUUGGAAGAGACCCCUGGCACGGGUGCAGAAGGGGUCAAGGUAGUGAUUGGAGAGAGAGACUCUGAGACCUCUGCUGCUGUGGCCCGCUUGCUGGCGCUGCCCAAAAUGGCACAGAUUAGCUAUGCUUCGACAAGUGAGCUACUAAGCAGUAAACUGAAGUUCCCAUCCUUUCUCCGCACUGUCCCGAGUGACAAACAGCAGACCAAGGCCAUGGCUGAGUUUGUGAGAGAACAAAGGUGGGACAUAGUAGGUGUCAUUGGAAGUGAUGAUGAAUAUGGCAAAUAUGGCUCUGAGACUCUCAUCGAUCUCUUCACUCAAAUCAAAGCCUGCAUCGCAUUCAAGGAGGUUUUACCAGCUGAGUUCACUCAAAAUGAGUCGCUCACUAGGAUACAACUUGACAAGAUCUUCAAGAAGAUACAAACCCAUCCAACUGAAGCUAUUGUGAUUUUCACCAAAACGAGAAAUGUGAAAGCCAUCUUAGAGGAGGCCGUUAAGCGUAGGGUACACAGGACCUGGUUGGCCAGUGAUUCCUGGUCCAUCUCCACAGAGAUAUCUGGACUCAAGAACAUCACACAGAUUGGGAGAGUCAUUGGUUUCAUUAACAAAAGAAAUGUAAUCCCAGAUUUUAAGAAGUAUGUCCACCAGCUGGUAUCCCAAAAGAGAAAAAGCACAGGAGACAGUUUUCUCUUGAACUACCUGUCACGGUAUCCCAUGUGUUCUCAUGCUUUAGAGGAAGACGACAGAGAUAGUCCUUCAUUGUGCGAAUCCAGUGAUUCUGGACAGAAGUGUCUGCAGUUGCACUGCUUACGAAAUAGUAUUGACCAUGAUGAAUCCUAUAGUGUUUAUCUAGCUGUGAAUGUAAUAGCCCAUGCCUUGAAUAGUCUUCUUGAAUGCAACAAUAGAGAUGGAUGCAAAGGAAAUACACCCUUUCCUGCCUGGGAGCUGUUACAAGAGAUAAAGAAAGUCAACACUACAGUGGACGGAAACACUCACAUAUGGUUUGAUGAGAAUGGGGACCCCAGUACUGGGCAAGAAAUUCUUGAGUGGAACAUUGAAGGUUCAAAGGUUAACAUCAGCUCCAUUGGAGAGUAUGACACAUCAGGAACCAUAAAGCUAUACUCUAAUCACUCCAUGGACAACUCCAUAGAAACAAACUGCUCCAAAUCCUGUGAGCCAGGCUACGAGCUAAAACAGUCAAAUACUACCUGCUGCAAAACAUGUCUUCCCUGCAAAGACAAGCUUUACUCUAAUGGGGGUGAAGCGGAAUGUCAGGCCUGCCCCAGUGGCCAGUACGCAUCUCCAAAGAAGGACUGCUGUCUGCCAAAGGAGAUCACCUUCUUCACGUGGGGGGACGGCAUCGUCAUAGCCCUGGUGGUGUUCGACAGCCUGGGCGCCGUGCUCACUGUCCUAGUGGCUGUGCUGUUCACCGUGCAGAGGAGCACCCCCAUCGUGAAGGCGGCCGGCGGCUACCUAUGCUUCCUGGCCCUGCUGUCCCUACUGGUCUGCUUCGCCAGCGUGGCCGUGGGGCUCAGCGAGCCCUCAGACGUGACCUGCAUGAUCGAGGUGCCCCUCUUCCUCCUGGCGUUCACCCUCUGCAUCUCCUGCAUCCUGGCCAACCUGCUCCAGGUCUUCGUGGGCUUCAACUUCCGCCUGACAAAGACCAGCACGCUGAAAAGCCUCUAUAGGCCGGCUGUGGUCAUUUGUGUUUGCUUCGGGGUUCAGGUGUUACUGUGCUCACUGUGGCUCAUCCUUAAGCCCCCAAACAAAAUCACAUUGAAUGACCAUGAAACCCAAAUCAUAAUUGCAUGCUUUGAAGGGUCCAUGUUUCUGUCCAUGGCUGUGUUUUUGUAUGUCUGCCUGCUUUCUGUGGUAUGCUUCAUAUUUGCCUACAAUGGAAGGCAACUCCCAGACCUGUAUAAGAAUGCUCGAUAUGUUGCUGUUAGCAUGCUGGUCUAUCUUGUGAUGUGCAUCAUUUUUCUGCCAUUCUACAUGACUUCUUUUAACAAGUACAGGCAAAGCAUUCAGGCUUGUGCACUCAUGGUGACUACAUACAGUGUCUUGAUCUGCCACUUUGGCCCAAAAUGCUACAUCAUGCUGUUUAAGAAGGACCUGAACAAUGAGAGUGCCAUAGCAGAGUACAUACGUAACCAUUACAACCAAAAGAGCAUAAGGGUUUUAAGCUCCUAAGGUCCUGUCAGUCAGUCUACAAUGUAUAGUCUACAAGAGAGCAUAGAAGAGCAUAUAUUGUUCUAUAGAUGCAAGACUGAAGGACCAGAUACAAUAGCAUCUACGUGCCCUUUGUAUACUCUACACAAUUGCUCACACAAAAUGCAAAAUG